CAUGAAUAAAAUUCGAAAGCAGGAAAGUGUUAUCUAUUUGAAUCUAAUCACUUUUUUCCAAACACCAGGAGGAAACACAACUCCGCUAAAAUCAGAUUACACAAGUAGUAACUUCCCCUGUUCAAGUCUAUCACGACCAACAGGUUUCAUCAUUUCAAUGAACAAAAACAUUACUUGUUUACAUGCGAUUCAGGAGAUCCAUGUUUUGAAACCCUGUCUGCUGUGUUUCGCGGUAUUUCAACCAGAAAGCAACCAAGCGUGACUGAAGUUCUGUAGUUUUCAUGUGUACACGAAAUACACAGCCAUAGUUUCUAUAACCUGUACCGAUUUUAUCGCGAAGGGGGCGUACAUAAAACAGCACAGAUUGGUCACAAAGAUGUUUACCGGUACCGACGACUUCACUACCCUCCUUGGAGCGGUGACCCUCCUGCUCCUGACCUACCUCUGGUGUUUCCGGCGUGACCCUAAGCUCCCGCCUUCUCCGUGUCGACCCCUGCCCUUCGUGGGUCAUCUCUUGCUGCUGCAGAAGGACCCGAGACCCCAGUUCAAACAAUGGCGGGAACAGUGUGGGGAUUUGUUUAGUGUGUACAUAGGCGGCACCAUGAUCGUUGUGUUGAAUGGCUAUCAGCUCCUCAAGGAGACUCUAGUCCAGCGACCGGAUGAUUUCUCGGACCGGCCAAAGUUGUUUCUGGACGAGGAAACUGGCAUUGGCGGGCUGGGCGUUGUCAUGGCCUCCGGUCAAAAAUGGAAAGAACAAAAAAAAGUCACGCUCCAAAUUCUUAGAAACUUUGGCCUGGGUAAAAAUAUUUUGGCCGAAAAAAUCCAGGAAGAAAUCUCAUUUUUCGCUGAUCUCCUGGCCAGUUUCAACGGACAGCCCGUGGAUAUUAAAGACGUGACGAAUGUCAGCAUGGCGAACAUCGUCUGCUCCAUUAUUUUUGGUCAGAGGUUCGAGUACAGCGACGCCAGACUCCAAAGACUGAUAUCCGGUUACAUGGCGACUUUAAGCGACCAACAAUCCAAUGGCGUUAUCAACUUCAUCCCCAUGCUCAAAUACAUCCCAUUUGACGUCUUCAAGGCGAAAAGAGGCGCGAAAAACCUUCAAACUCUGCUGGGUUUUUUACGAGAGUUCGUCGUUCUGAAGGGGAAGACGGAGUUUAACGAACACAACAUCGGGAAUUUCAUCGCGGCGUACACGGCGGAAAUGAACGAGCUGAAAGGGAAGAACGAGGCGACGAACAUGAGCGAGGACAACCUCACGAAGAUCGUUCUUGAUCUUUUCAUCGGGGGUUCCUUCUCCAUGUCCCAUACGUUGUCGUGGUGCAUCCUCUACGCGAUCAACUUCCCCGAAUAUCAGAAGAAAGCGUACGAAGAAAUACACGACACUGUGGGCUUGGACAGAGUUCCUUGUUUCAAAGACAGGCCCAAACUAGCCUACGUUACCGCUUUUAUCAUGGAGACCCAGCGUUUGAGCAGUACUGUUCCCUUUGCUUUACCCCACACCUGUCCCCGGGAUGUCUACGUUCGAGGCUACAAGAUACCUAAAGGCACCUACAUCUACCCCAACCUCAGCUCUGUACUCCACGACCCGAACAUCUGGGGCCAGGAUGUUUUAACCUUUAACCCCCAGAGAUUUCUAGACGAAGACGGUAAGCUGAGAACACGUGAGGAGUUUGUUCCCUUCUCUAUGGGCCGCCGGAUGUGCCUGGGCGAGGCCCUGGCCAACAUGCAGCUGUUCCUGUACUUGGCCACGCUGUUGCAGAAGUUCCAGUUCCUGCCCGUCGAUGCUGCCAGUCCGCCCUCAAUGGAAGACGUGUUUGGGUUCUCGGCCUCGCCGAUGCCGUAUGAAGUUAGAAUAGUAGAGAGAAGCUAGGGAACAUCAGUGCAAAAUUUUUUACAAAUGCUGGCAAAGCCCCCCCCCCCCCGAACGAAAUGAAAUUUAUAAAAUUUAUGUAGAAAAUAUAUACUUUUAACAGUGUCCGCCCCCCCCCCCCCGGAGAAAAAAGUCUGGAAGAAACACUGAACAAGAGAUGUGUACUUUUAUAAACUAUUGUUGCCGUAUCUUUUUAGUUAGAUGUUAAAUGACUGACUAAAAACUUUUUUCUUAAAUAGUAUAAUCAUAGCUAUUAUUUAUUAUUAUAGUGCUUUUUUUUUAAAAAUAUAUUAAGAGCUGUUGUAUAGAACUUAACUUAAGUGAUGGUAUGUUAAGCAAUGAGUUAACAUUGGUUAAGAAUGAGGGUCGA